AUGCAGGCAGCAGCAACUCAUGUCAGAUCGGCAAUCGUGGAGAACGGCGCCCAAGUUCUUGAGAAGAGAGGGGAAAGCGAUGUUUUAGCGCCCGCGACCGGCCAGCUCCACCACGUUUCCCUGCAUUCCCCUACAAAUCACUUAUUACCAAAUUCUCGCGACCAGCUGUCACCCGCGGCACGACGGCGUGGGCGCUUCCUUCCUCUAGGUGCCUUCCCCUUCCUCGGUCGAAAGGGAGACGACGCAGGCGAUGCGCAGACAGACGCCGUUCCCGGUCCGAGAAGCGUACGAGUUGAUCUGGAUCUUUAUGCUCUUGUUGGCGUCUCUAAGGAGGCAGAGAAGACAGAGAUUGAUGCCCGCCUCCUGCAAGCAGAGAAGGAGCUGUCUGAUUUGGGUGCGGAUCCCUCCGUCCUCAAAAUGCUCCGCGCCGCGCACGAGGUUCUGACUGACGAUGACAUGCGAGCGGCUUACGACAGCACAGGCCUCUUGCCAGCACACGUAGCUCGUGCCUUGCUGGUGACGUCCUCGUCGGACGGCGAGCCGCGAGAAGGCCGUCCAGAGGAACCGCCUGAACAACUCAGUCCGAGAGACGACGGCCACGCAUCGCAGUCAGGGGAAGACGAAGAACAGCGCGGUGGCGAGGUCGGUGUCCGAUCGCAUCCUGGCCUUUUGAAUGUCUUUUCCAGUUUGUUCGGAAGCAGCGCCCGGCGGAGAGGGACCGGCUCGCACCGAGCUCAAGGAAACGACGUGUGGGCAACCGUCACUCUUCGGCUGAGCGAAAUCGGCUGUAGCGACGCUGAAAAGCAAGUCACAGUGGAAGCUCUCGAGGACUGCGUCACCUGCGACGGCACUGGAGGGAAGGACGGCCAGAAGGCAGUUUCGUGCGCCGCGUGUGACGGCAAAGGCGCAAUCGUGAAGACCAAGAGCACAAAUAUGGGCAUGCUGAGAACAUCGCAGACAUGCCCAACCUGCCGCGGCAGUGGGGAGCAAGCGCGCCUACGCUGCUCGAACUGUGCUGGGUCGGGCCGCGUGAAAACAGAGAAAACUCUUCAAGUGGUGAUUCCGGCAGGAGUUUCGGACGGCAUGCGUCUGAGGAUCAAAGGACAGGGCGACGUGGGCGUAAACGGGGGUCCGUCAGGAGACUUGCUUCUUAAAGUCGAAGUGGAGAACGACACCCCCUUCAGGAGAGAAGGAAACAACCUGCUAGGAAUUGUUCGGAUUUCAUACGUGGACGCCAUCUUAGGCUUAGAUGAUAAAGAGAUCGAUGUUCUUGAUGGCGUCGCUCACAUCGCCAUUCCUCCUGGUACCCAGAGCGGUGAGAAGAUCGUGGUCAAAGGCCGAGGAACACGGGAUCCGGACAUGGCUGUUCCGCCAGUGCCAGGCGCAGUGCCUAAAACUGCGCGUGGGGACCACAUUGCAGUCAUUGAGGUUGAAUUGCCGAAGAAUGUGUCACCAGAAGAACGUGCACUGUUGGAGCGUCUUCGCCGCCUCCGUUCUCAGUAA